AUGACGAGGUUGACACGGCAGCUGAUUUUGAAUCAGGCGAUGAUCAGAAAGUGGACGGUGUUCUCAGCUGAUGUCAGGACAGCAUUCCUGCAGGCACGGCCUCCUGAUCGAGGACGACGACUUCUGGCCAAACCUCUCCCUGAGCUGGCCCAAGCGAUGAACCUCACGCCGGAAGAGUGCGACGAGCUCACUGGCUCGGCCUAUGGCCUUACGACCGCUCCGCGUGAGUGGUUUCAGGAUGUGGCUGGAACCAUCCAACGACUUGGAGGACGACAAUGCAAAACUGAUCCUUGUGCUUGGGUCAUUCUGAAUGCUGAGCACGAGGUUGUGGGCUACCUCUCCUCCCACGUCGACGAUUUUCUGGUCACGGGCAACCAGGAGGAUGGCACCUGGCUGAAAUUUGUGCAGGCCUUCAAGUCUGCAUAUAAAUGGUCACCAUGGCAGGACAGCGACUUCCUCCAUUGCGGACUACGGGUGAUCCAGCACGAGGACAAGUCCUUCACCUUGGACCACUCGACCUUCAGCUCCGACCUCAACCAGAUGCCUCCUGCAGACUCUCAGCAAACUCAGAUGAAUGAGAACCAGGAUGUUGCCUGCAUUGAACAUGUGAACAAGCUGGUGCGGGAAGUGCAUGGUCAGGGCAAAAUCAACGUUGUCUCCUGGAGAAGCUUUCGGCUACCUCGAGUUGCGAGAAUCUCUUUGUCGGCAGAAGCUCAAGCUCUGGGACAUUGCGAACAGGAGUUGAUGUUUGCACGACUGGAAUGGCAUGAACUCAACGGCGGCACCAUCGACGUGCGGAAUCCCGCCGACAGCACUUCCAAGGUUCCCGGGCACAUCAUUAUCGAUGCCAGGGGAGUUUAUGAUGCCUUAGAGAAAGCCGAUCCUGGAAUGGCUUCCUUCAACGUCAAGGACAAGUACACAUCUCUCGAGCUGAUGGGGAUCAACGAAAACCUCCGACAACAGAAGACGGCUUUGGCAUGGUGUGACAGCGACCACCAGCUCGCGGAUGGCUUGACGAAGGCGUCCAAACUUCGGCACCCUGGCGCUUUCAUGAGUGCCAAGAAGCGAAGAUCUCUUGAAGCCUCCAAGGCCUAG